AGUACAUAUUUUUAUUAUGAAUAACAUUUAUUUUUGAAAUUUAAAAAUGGAACCAAAAAAUCCCAUUAGCACCAGCAAGAGAGCUCGGGCGUUGUUAAAGUUCGGGGGCGUUAAGACCUGGAGGAGCCGAGGCGGCUCUGGCCAUGCAGCGGAACUUUUCCAUAAAGUUUCUUUUCCCCUCUGUUGCAUGUGGUGAGUUAACUUCCGGGGAUUUUCCUCAGGCCUGAAGCGAUUUCAGUCAUUGGUGGCUGAUGGCGAAGCGGCAGCUGCUGGGCGCCGGCUACUGCGGCUGGAAUUGCGGCUGAGGGCGUUGGCAGCGCAGGGUGUCCCGGAGCGUCAGCUCUCUCCAUGCCGUCUGUUCCCAGAGAGACCCCCGGCUCCUCAGGUAUCAUCAUCACAAAGCAACCUGAGUGUGCCUCUGUCCCGGCCGGCUGCACGGUCACUCUUGAUUGUUCUGCCAUUGGACCUACGCCAUUACAGUACCAGUGGUUUGAAGGCAAGGAGGAGAUCGUUGGGGCAACACAGUCGGUGCUUCUCAUUGACUCUGUGAAGAGUGGAAUUUAUGUGUGCCGAGUGAACGAUGAACAGAACCGAUACGUAUUCAGCAACUGGGCAAAGGUCAAAGUUCAUUUUAUCAAAUCUGCAGCAUUACCUCAAAAAUGGCAGGGAGAGCUAGUGAUUGGACUGCAGCCUGAGCCCUCGAGAGUAAAAGUUGGACAAAGAGCAUCCUUGAUGUGUGUUGCAUUCGGAAUUCCUGCUCCCAAAUACCAGUGGUACAAAAAUGGAAUACAGUUACCUCAUCAAACCAAAGAGGAGUUAACAAUAGCUGCGGCUGAGAUGAGACAUCAUGGGUCUUACUUAUGUGCAGUCACCAAUAACCAAGGACAGGAGUGCUGGAGUUCUGCUGCUGACAUAAGCGUAGUGGAAAACAUCAGUUUUGCAGUGUCACUACCUUCCCGAAGAGUGAAAAGUUCACAUGAAGGGAAGGCGGCAGAAAAGUCCACGCCAGUCUAUCUGAUGCCAGCCACACAUCAAGAUGUCAGACUAUGCGCAACUGACAAAGUGGCGUUGCUGAUUGGGAAUAUGAACUACGUGAAUCAUCCCAGACUGGUAGCCACCAUGAUGGAUGUUUUUGAACUGUCAAAUCUGCUGCAGCAGUUGGACUUUCGGGUGGUCUCCCUGCUGGACUUGACCAAAGAGGAGAUGCAAAGUGCAGUCAAACAGUUCCUCCAACUCCUGGACAAUGGUGUAUAUGCUCUCUUUUACUAUGCUGGGCAUGGCUACGAAUGCUCAGGCCGGAAUUACAUGGUGCCUGUCAAUGCUCCAAAUCCAUACAGGCCAGAAAACUGCAUCAAUGUCCAGAAAAUCCUGUGCAGGAUGCAAGAGAAGAACACGGCCCUCAAUGUCCUCUUACUGGAUAUGUGCAGGAAAUGGUAUAAUCAGGAUUACCUUCCCUCAGAUCUACAGCCACUUGCUCCCACUGGGAAUAUCGUUUAUGGAUAUGCAACGUGUGAAGAUGCGGAAGCAUAUGAAGUACAAGAUGGUGAGCACAGCUCAGGAAUCUUUAUGAAGUAUCUUAAGAGACAUAUUCUCAAAAAAGAGAAAGUCACUCAGAUCUUGGAGAAUGUCUCUGAAGAUAUGGGGAAGGACAAGCUGAUUACCGGCAAGCAGGUGAUGGAGAUUAGACACACCCUGAAGGAGCGCCGUGCACUGACUGACGAAAUUUGUGCUACAGGACAUACUGUGCAACUCCACGUGAGGAAUGAGCGUUGGCGACGAGCCAAUGAGCUGCCUGAGAGGAGGACCAUUCACUUUCCCUGCGGAGUGGAGGUGGAGCUCAGCUGCAGUGCCGUUUUCUCAAAUGUGAUGACAAUUUACGUCAACAUCAAGGCGAGACCUUCCCAGGUAUCAGAGUGUAAAGUAUCCCUUCAGAAGCCACAGGAGUUUGCAGAUAGCAUUUCAGACCUUGACAGAGACUCCUCGCAAAUAAGUUCCCUGCUUUCUUCUCUCGAUGGCAGCCAACAGUCGGACACAACGUUGAAGCUGUGUGGCCUGCAUAAACUGAAGCAAGCAUUGAUCCUACGGGUGACCCUUCAGUACCAAAGCUGUAAGGAAAAGCCAAAGCUGGAAGAAAUAGUAGAUGUCGACCUGGGGCUCCCCCUGGUGGCACAGCUGGAGCUAUACAGAACAAUGCCGGCCACAGGGGCUGAAGGGGGUACCACCAGCAACAGCCAAGUCUCUGCUGUGGCACCCGCCAGCACUGUCACCAAAGAUGCGAGCCGUGCCUGUGGGUCAGGAGUUCAGAAGGCGGCAAACAAGCAAGAGGGCAUGCAUUCAGCACACCCAGCUAGAAGGCUGAAUGAACCAGAGGAAAACGAUGAGAGCGAGAUAUCAAAGUGAAGCACAAUCUCCUUGAACUGAAGAAGAUCCUAUGAGUAUAAUAAAUAUUAAAUAUUUGUAAUUAUGCACUCGAACUAUUAAACUUCUGUCAGAUACUUGCUAUACUGUACAUGGGGUUGCUGGCCAACUCCUUGUCAGUUCCUGGGGUCUGCAGUUGGUGCUGGAAGGAUUCAGUGAAAACUUAAUGCCCCUAUUUAUAUGAAGGUAGUGGAUCUUAAUUUAGUUGCCAACCAAUUCCAUUUGGUUCUCGGAGCUCGUCAUACUAGCUAGAUAGUUGUUAGUUUAUCUGAGGCCCUUCACUGGGUUCCAUCAGCUCAGCCUCUGAUAACAGUGGAAUCCAAACAAACCCCAUUAAAACCUACUACAAAUGGCUAACCAGCUCACUUUCUUGAAUACUGUCAAGUGAAUAUGGUUGAACACCUUUUUGCCAUUGCAAUUCUAGAUGCCUGCUUAUUGGCUAAUUGUAUUAAGUUAAAUGCAUAUAGCCAGGCUGUGACACUGGAAGAUAAGCAACUUGCCAUCACCUCAUCUAAUCCUGAUCUGUUAAGGCUGCAUACUUGGAUCAUUUUAUUCUUUCCCGGCACACAUAACAAGAAGUGAAUGGUUCAGACAUGAGGACACGCCGAUUCCCUAUAGGCACUCCUAGUGCGCAAGAGCACUAGAACUGGAAACAAUGGGCAAGCUGAUCGACAACUGGACAUUGAUUUCACAUAAAUUGCUGAACUGCACUUGAUAUGUUCCUGUGUUAUUUAGGUCCACACAUCACCAGGCUGACAGAAAAAGCAUUUCCUCAUUCAAGAGAGGAGGGAGUUAAACUACCCUUGUAAAGUUUCAACGUCAGUUAAUUAGCAAAAGGGAAAUAGCUCGAGCUGCAUUGUGAUUGAGGUAGUGCACACAAUGUGAAAGUCAAGUUCCAUAAAUCAUAUUUGGAACACUACUAAUAGGGAGAAUUGUGAUUUUACAGUGUGAGGAAAAUGUGUAUUUAUUCAUUAUUUCUCAUCCUUUAAUAGCACAUAACACCAUACUAAUUUUCUGGCUACCUGCCAGAUUGUAAAAUUGGUGAGAAUAAUAUCAGAUAAUUUGAUAUUUUAUACAAUAUCAGAUUAAAAAUGAAUACUUAAAUGUCAUUUAGCUCCAGGAUUGAUCUACUGAGAGCUGUGACGAUUUCAUUGGUUAUACGCUCAUACAUUCUCGAGUGUUUAUGGAACCUCUCUUUAGAUUUUAAUUAAGUUGUUGUUAUUUUUAAGACUAUGUUAUUUGUGAUGAUGGCUAAAGUUCUCAAAUCUCGAUCACUAAAAAGGCUGCAAACCCAUGUUUGCUUACCGUUCUCAUUUUCCAGUUUGUUUGUAGUCGGAUCUGUUUGCUUAAGAGUUUGAUACAUGAAAAAAUGUGACAAAGCAUCAUUGAAACAUUAAAACUUUCUGUGAUGAAUGGUUAAUGGAGGUGGAUCAGAGAGUCAUAGAAAGGACCUUGGUUUCUGUGCAUGAGGAUGAAAUGAUUGAUAGUAAUUCGAAAGCCCAUGUUACACUCCACAUUUUUAAUUCAUUGUGGAGCAGGUCAUCCACCGUCUACUGUUUUAUACUCUUGCACAAGGUCAAGGUCCACCCCAGUAAGUUGAGUAUGUGAGGAGACAAACAAAGUCUGGCUAGAGUCUGACUACAGAAGUCAAUUGAGAAGAGUUGGACAAAUUAUUGGGAGCUGAAUUGGUGAUUUCAGUGGGUUUUACAACCUGGAACACACUGCUUGCAUGGGUAGUCAUGCCAGAUACUCUCACAACUUUUACAAAGUACCUAGAUAAGCGCUUGAAUCAUCAGUGCAUAGAAGACCAGACCAAGUGCUGGUAAAUGGAAUGAUCAGUAUGGACAUGAUAUGCCUCCGUCUGUGCUCACAACAGAUGACUUUAAACUAAACCACCUGGUGGAAACUUAACACGAUAACAUCAGAUCUGAAUCCAGUGAAUAUAAAAGCUGACCAUGUAUAAUGCAGGUCAAUUUUAUUCUGUCAGUUUUCCACCAAGAGAGUUAGGUUAGGAUUAUCCCAUGGGUCCAGCCAACAGCUCCAGUGCUCAGCUGACAUUUUUCCUGAUGUUUAAAACUUGUGAAAUUGCUUAUUUCAUCUUAUUUCAUCUUUCAUCAUUGGCACCCACUCUUCAAACAAAAUGAUGUCAUAAAGUCAAAUUAAGUGGCAGUGUUAAGGAGACCUCUUUGGAACAAUUCCAUUAACUAAAAGGAACUCUACUAAUGAGAUUCUCCAUUAGUGUUCAUCAUCCCUCUGUUUCUAAUCAUUUUAAUUCUGUUCUUGUGCCACUACCGCUUCUUUCACACCACUAACUGUAGCCAUGCCUUCAGCUGCCCAUGCCUUAAAGCCUGAAAUUCUCUCCCUAAAUCUCUCAAUACGCUCCUUACAUCUAUCUCUUUGACCAAGCUUUAGGGCAUCUAUACUAAUUAUUUUGCAGCUUGGUAUUCACCUUUUCUGGUCUGAUUCUACUCCCUUGGUCUUGUGGUUUGGGGAUGUUUUGCUACAGUAAAAAAAGGUAUAUAAAUGCAAGUUGACAUAAGUCUUCCAAAUUCAGAAAUGUUAUUAUGGUUUUCAGUUAAAACACAUGUGCUGUGAUAUAAAACUCUGAGGAGUCAGCUGGACACUCACCUCUGAAUCGGCUGGUUUUUGGUUCAAGUUCCACGAGCACAAAAUCUGGUCUGUUACUCCCUCAACCUAGACAGGAUUGCUGCUCUGUAAGAGGCAUUGUCUUACAAAUGAAAUAUUAAAUGGAUGUUACAUUUUGAAGAGCAGGGAUAUUGUCUCCAGGCCAACAUUAAUCCUUUAAACCAUCUCACUAAAGAGCUAAACAAAACCAUAUAUGGAAGAUUGCUAUCUGCAAAUUGGUUGCUGUGUUUCCUACAUUAUGACAAUGAUCACACUUCAGAAAGUACUUCAGUAGCACAUUGGUGAAGAAUGGGCGCUUAGAUGGAGUGGCUCAAGAUCUGUAAAAGUAUGUACCAGGAGAUUAGGUCCUUCAGGAAGGGAUGGAGGUAGGAAGAAUUGUACAGUAGCAACAUAAUUGGGAAUAAUACUGGAAAAACUAGCUCUUUGUUGUGUUUGAUAUUAAAGUUGUACUUUGAUAUUAAUUUAUGUAACAUGUUUUACAUGAAGUUGUAUUACUUUAAGUGUAGAGUUAUUUAAUUAUCUGCAGGGUAGAGUUGGGAAUAUUUUGUUAAAUGUUACAGUAAAACUAAAAUAUUAGAAUGUAUUAUUUGAAAAGUUGGUUCUCUUUUUGUAAUUACAUCAGAAUAAAGUGGAUUCUUCUG